ACAGGGACAGAGCUGCCGGCAGGUUGGCAUCACUUUUUCCGAAGAAGGGUUAAUGUGGUACUGCGAUUUCUGGAACUGUGACUCGCCUUUUCACCCGCUGUUCUGCUGAGGACGCUCUCCCUGAGCCGGUUUCAUCGACAGGAAAAGCGCAGGCAACGACAUCUGACAGCGAAACGUCAAAAUAGUUUUAACCCUUUCAACUUCCCAGUCUUCAAGUCGAGUUUCAUUUCUCCUCUCCUGACUCUCUGGUUGUAAGGCUUUGUGUUGGCAGCAUUGCGCCUUGAAAAUUGACCUACGUUUGGCGUUCCGCACAGGCACAGGAAACGGGAGGUACUGAGCAAUUUGAGGUUCUCGAACCCUGAAGAGAAGAGGCUCUUUUGGCUCGUCUGUUUUUGCGAAAGUCCACUGCAAGUCGCCGCCAUGGAUGAAGAGUACGACGCGAUUGUGCUCGGCACCGGCCUCAAGGAGUGCAUCCUGAGUGGAAUGCUCUCGGUGUCUGGCAAGAAGGUGCUCCACGUCGACCGCAACAAGUACUACGGGGGCGAGUCCGCGUCAAUUACUCCCUUGGAAGAGUUAUUCUCGCGCUAUGGGGCCCCCGCCCCCGACCAGAGCUACGGCCGCGGCCGGGACUGGAACGUGGACCUCAUCCCCAAGUUCCUGAUGGCCAAUGGGUCUCUGGUGAAACUGCUCAUUCAUACUGGGGUUACCAAGUACCUGGAGUUCAAGUGUGUGGAGGGUAGCUAUGUGUACAAGCAGGGCAAGAUUUCCAAAGUCCCUGUGGAUCAGAAGGAGGCCCUCGCUUCUGACUUGAUGGGAAUGUUUGAGAAGCGACGCUUCCGCAAUUUCCUGGUCUACGUGCAAGAUUUGCAGGAAGAUGACCCGAAAACCUGGAAAGAUCUGGAUCCUAAUGUAUGCACCAUGCAGCAGCUGUAUGAGAAGUUCGGUUUGGAUAAGAACACUCAAGAUUUCACUGGCCACGCUCUUGCCUUGUACCGAGAUGAUGAUUACCUAGCUCAAAGUGCUAUCCAGACUGUUCGUCGGAUAAAGUUGUACAGUGAUUCUCUGGCUCGAUACGGCAAGUCCCCUUACCUUUACCCAAUGUAUGGACUGGGAGAACUACCUCAAGGUUUUGCUCGUCUGUCUGCCAUCUACGGAGGUACCUACAUGUUAGACAAGCCCAUUGAUGAGAUUGUUUACGAGAAUGGAAAGGCAGUAGGAGUUCGUUCUGGAAGUGAAAUAGCCAGAUGCAAGCAAGUCUAUUGUGAUCCUUCUUAUGUUCCUGAAAAGGUCAAGAAGACUGGUCAGGUGAUUCGGUGCAUCUGCCUUUUGGAUCACACCAUUCCUAAUACUCGAGAUGCUCUCUCCACCCAGAUUAUCAUUCCUCAGAAGCAGGUGAAUCGCAAAUCUGACAUUUAUGUAUCACUUGUAAGCUACACUCACCAAGUGGCCUCAAAGGGCUGGUUCAUUGGUAUGGUCUCAACCACUGUUGAAACUGACAACCCUGAGGCUGAAAUCAAGCCUGGUCUUGAACUUCUUGGCCCAAUCAGGCAAAAGUUUGUCACAGUUAGUGACUAUUAUGAGCCUACUGAUGACGGGCUAGAAAGUCAGGUGCUUGUGUCCAAGUCUUAUGAUGCCACAACACAUUUUGAAACUACAUGCCUGGAUGUCUUGGACAUCUUCAGACGAGGAACGGGUACAGACUUCGACUUCUCAGCUGUAAAACAGAAUUUGGGUGAGGAGGACCAGUAAACAGUUUGCCAAGUUUUAUCUUGAGCUGAUUGGAUUUAAUGUUGUGCAUUUAAUAUGUGAAAUAUAUACCUUGAUAGCUGCCAGUACAAUCUACUGUUAUGUCGUUUUGGUCCCUAAAUGUAUUGUGCUCUCCUCCAAACUAAUGGAAUUUCAAGUUUUGAUGGUUAAAAUUGGCAGCAAGUUUUAUUGUCAAUUUCUUAAGGAAUGUUAUUCCUGGCUCAAAUGUGAAAUCUGGAGGGCUAUGGUUUUGGCUCAUGAGACAGCAGUUCUUGCAGUUGGCAUUGAAUUAACUGGUAUGUGCUUUUUGAAAUUUCACUCGCUUAAUAAAUAUAGGAUGAAAUGCACAGCUUGGAUAGACAGGUUGUUCAAGAUGGAUGUGAAGAAAUUGUUCUGAAUGAUAAUCAUUCCUAUCAUUUUUAUUUCCAUUUGUCUAGCUUGCCUAAAUCGUGUGUGUGAAUAUUCGAGUCCUCAUUUAUAGUAUUGUUUCUCCCAGUCAAGUAGCUAUGCUGGAGUGGUAUCCUAGUAAUUUUAAGUGCAGAUUUUGCUUCCAGAAUAUUUGAAAAUUGUUUAUUAUUUUUAUAUGAGGUACGAUCAAGAAUUCUCUACCUAAUGAAAUUUGUAUGUCAUUUCAGGGUUCUUGUGGGAAGCUCAUUUUAUUCUGUGUAUAGUAUGUUGUGCUUUGAGGCUAUUGGCAUUCCUGAUCAAGUUUAGAGUAUGACUACCUCAUUUCAUUUUUUUUACUCAAAAGUAAAGAAGUUUUGACUGGAUUUGUGGUAACUCAAACUUGCUCUCAGGGUUUCAUGUGAAAUUGGUGUAUGGAUUAUAUUUCAGACAAUGUUGAUAAUUGUCAUGUUUUAAAUUGGGUUGGACAUUUUAUUGGGGAUUGUGUACUGAAGUACCCAUCCCCCAGAAGACAUCUAUUGCACAAAAUAAAAAUGUUUGAAAAUGAAAUAAAGAGCAUUAUCACCCUUUCACUCUAAAUUACUCAAUCUUGUCUGCUUUUUAUGUAGUUUGUAGUAGAUUGUUUGUACUCUGCUGUAUUUACCGAUUCACUUGUGUAUGUAUGUAUGAAUGUGGAACUGUUAGAGCCAUUUCUAAAAUGUGAUUUUAUUUCAAAUUGAUGUGAAUUAUUGUCAUUGUUUAUAUGUUGUACUCUUGAAGUGCAAGUACUGGGUAGGGGAAAGGUUUCCACAUGAAAUACCUUAGAUCUUCUAAUUUCAGUGAUAUAAAUGUAAUGUCACUCAUGGUGCUUGUUUAGGCUUUGUAUCCAUUUGGCAAGAAUGCGGAUGAGGCAAGUUAAAAACAUUGUCCAUACAAUUUAUAUUUAUAAUUUUAUGCAGUGGCAGGAAGAUUGAUAAUUGUUCUAUUAUAAUAGCUCUGUUUUUGAUUGAAGUUCCAACUGUUUCUCUUAUUUUCUAAAGGAAACAAAUCUUUCCCCUCUUCACCUUUAUGCUUGGCUGUGUUUCUUUUUCUUAAUUAAUUUUAAAGGACUAUCAAGGGUCUGUUGCAUGUAAACUCUUAUAUUACGGCUCAUUAAAUUACGUCAGAAUCUUAA